GUUGGUGGCGUCUCUUUUGUUUGUCUUGCUCUUUGGAAAUGGUGUGAUUUCCAUACACAACCACCACUUUAUGGGAGAGAAGGACUUGCUACUGGAUUUAGGUGGGUGGAAAACAACAUAAUAUGGAUCAUCGGCCUGAAGGCUACAGCUAAAUACAUGAACAUAUUCAUGCAAUCAGAAAUGUGGAUUAAUCGAGGAAUGCGAGGGAGUAUGGGACAAUGGAAUCUCACCCUAUGGAAUUCAGCAGUUUGAUCACAUGAAGCGAGUUGUUUGGGAAGGAGAGACGUCGCCUGCAUCUACCUAUAAAGCUAAGCCGAAUCGAAUGGACUGUAUUUUGAGAGCAAGACAUCCAAGUUGAUUGUACAAGUAAUAGGAUACUGGAUAUAUCUUUACAUUCCAGAGGGGUAACUGGCCUCUGUCUGCAUUUCAGAUGCUAGCUAGCCAAUGCAUUCGAGUGGCAGACUAGUUUAGCUAGUUCUCCAUUGCUGCUCGCCAUUGCUCCCUGUCGCGUCGGCGUCAUAGCCGAUGAGAACGCUCUUGUGUCCAAUCACAGUUUUCACGUGAUGUCGCGGAUGGCUUUUGGCCUCUAUCGGAAUUAGCUUGUUAGUAGCCUGCCAGCCAUUAUUUGCUUAUCACAACAAAAUAUUAUCUACAACAGUGAGUGUUGCAGAAAGAGACCCCAUUUGUUGGCAAAAACAAGUAUUUAAUUUGCAUCAAAACAAUAUUUAGUUAGCUAUAUAGCAAUAAUAGCCAUCGUUAUGGCUAACGUUAACUAGUUAGCAAGCUAGCCAACUUGAUGUAAAGGGCAAGCUAUCUACCCAGCUAACAUAGCGCGGUUCUUAACGUUAUGUAAUGCUGGAUAUCAAUAACAUCAGCCAACUAGUCGCUUGUCGUGGAUAUAAUUGUUCUUUCAAUUUUGGGAAAGUUUAUCGGGGGCAUUUACUUGCAACGUUCACUGACCAGUCAACGUUAGCUAGCUUGUUAGGGAGCUAGCCCUUACAUCGUAGUUCGCUUUGCAUUACUAGAUAUUGUAGCAUUAAACAGGCUCCAGUGUACAGCUACGAGUUAGUGUUGCAGUGGAAAGUCCAGUCAGGUCAGAAGGCAUCCUGUUUACAGCGGAUAUCCACCUCAUAGUCAGUUUAGGAACACUUAGGUAAUCAUGCUGCACCAAUGCAUGCCAUUCGAAGAUACUUUUUGUGCAUUUUAAAUGUUGCACGAACUCGCAUUUUAGAACAGUUCAUAGCACCACAUCGAACAUUGGCCAAGUUUUAACACAGAUAAAGGGACGUCUAGUCGAACAUCAUCACGUGCACGGAGAUCAUGUACUGUUCUCCCAAGAGCCACACCAGUAAACUAGCCUCAAGGACUCUGUAACUAAAUUUAGCUCGCAAGGGAUGGAAACCAAUUUACUGAGGAUAAUGCGAGUACAGUUGUCUAGCUGACUUUACUUGGAUUGGAAGUAUCAACAUAAUAAGCUGGAGGAAAUCUUUAUAUAUACUCAUAUUACUUAGAUUUGAAUGAGUUUAAGCUAAUGUUGGGAUACUAGUGGAAAUGCAUAUGCAUUGUAAUUAAUUAGAAUGUUUACUAGCUAUUAUCUCAGAAAACAAAUACAAUAGGACAGGAGCUGUUGACAAACAGGCAUUACUCUGUCACUAAGACAUUUGAUGACAACGUUAUUGUGCAAGCUAUCACUUCCUGGUAGGACUGGAAACACAACAGGCCUUUAAAAAAAUAUACUCUUUACCUUUGUAUUGAUUUGCUUGUUGUUGGUAUUGCUAUGUAGUUACGCUUUGUCUUAAGACUAAAUUAAAAUAACACUGUAGAUAUUGCACAGUCAGUGGUGCCUGAAUUUCAUGUAUUUUGCUUUGAGAUAGCACACAAUUUAAAGUCCCCCACCAGCUAUUUCUUCUUGACUUUUCCUGUCACGCUAGAUUGUUCUAACACUGUUUCAAUUCGCCGGGAGCGCUGUUUCAACGGUCUACUGUAAGAUACUUGAAGAUUGCCUAUGACAAAAUGAGGAAUAUGCACCGAGCGCUCUCUGAAAGGAAUAAGCUCCCCACUAGCUGACGUGAGGAGUUGUAACUUUUGGACAUAGCUGGCAGACAGCAGCAGCACUGUGGAACUCUGUACAAAGAAACUUGAAGAAAAAAAGGAGAUGGUCACCCUGCUGUGACAUCAUUGGACUGGAGGAGAGAGGACACGGACACUCUCGAGCCGUCUGCAGCCAUGAGUCUCCGCCCCCCCACCUCAACACUGGACAGCCCUUUUGCUGCUUGGCUCAGCAGCCUGACGAUAGGAGACUCGGAGCGCAAGACCUCCAGCAGCCAGCAGAGGGAGCCUCUGGCUGACUUCCCCACUGAGAGCACAGGUCAAGGUCUGGUUCAGAGAUGUGUGGUUGUACAGAAGGACCAGCUAGGGUUCGGCUUCACUGUGUGUGGCGAGAGGAUCAAGCUGGUGCAGAAUGUUCGACCAGGUGGCGCAGCGGUCAAGGCAGGGGUCCACGAGGGAGACAGAAUCAUAAAGGUCAAUGGCUCGCUGGUGUCGUCCAUGUCUCAUCAGGAAGUGGUGAAGCUCAUCAAGUCUGGGACAUAUGUUGCUCUGACUCUUCAAGGGCCGCCCCCUUCAGCAGCUGCCCUCCCCCUACAUCCCCUCCCCACUGACCUCUUACCCAAUCAGCGGACGUCACUGGGAGGAGAAGCCCCGCCUCCACCACCUCCACCCCUCUCCCCCGGACUGACCAGCAACCCCUCCCAAAGGAUCACCAAACCACUGCAGAACCUAGACGUACAGAAACACGCCACUCAGAUCCUCAGGAACAUGCUGGAACAGGGAGAGGCUGAGCUUCAGGACUUGAUGGGGGAACUGUUACUGAACCCCUCCCCAUCCCUGGAGGAGCGAAUUGAAAGUGCCAAGCGGCGGGCCCAACAAGUCAGGGUUAAAAUCCAGCAAGAUCUGGAUGGAACUCGAUUGGAAUCUGUGACCAGCUAUGUAGUAGCAGGAGAAGGUCGGUUGUCGGGGGAUUCAAGUGAAGGAGACUUUGAGGCCUGUGAGAGCCCCCACUCCUCCCCCUCCACCUCCUCCUUCAGGACCCCCCUCUACCGGAGACAGGGCUCUGACACACACACCUUCUCCGACUCGGCUGGGAAGGCUCAGAUCAUUGGCCCAGAGGAAGAGGAGGAAGAGGACGACAGCUAUCCACUCAAUGAGAUGGACGGCCCAUUUCAGGACAUAGAACUUCUCAAGUCGCGACCGGCCCACAUGACCGUGUUCAUGAGAUACCUCUUCAGCCAGCUACUGGAUCCCAACCCGCUGCUGUUCUACCUAUCGGUGGAGGUCUAUCUGGGCUCCAGCCCUAAAGACGCCCGUGCCCUCGCCCCACAGAUCUGCUCCCACUUCCUGGACCCUGAUGCUCCGUUGAAAAUCAGAGUACGAGAAGAAUACCUGUCUGAUAUAGAGAGUCGACUCCAUGCCCAGGAGGACAUCAGAGGACCUCUUUCUGAGCUCCAACAGCAGGUGCUGCCUGACAUUCAGGACCAAAUACAGGAUUACAGGAGUAAGCAGAUGAUGGGUCUGGGUUCUCUGUUUGGAGAGGGAGACCUGCAGCAGCUGGAUGGAGACCCAGCCAAGGAGAGGCUAGUGGUGGACAGACAGGUCACUGCUCUCUGGGAAAUACUCUCGAAGCACGAAGAGGAGAGCAGUUCUCGUCUAGCCUCUGCGGUGCUGCUGUACCUCCGUCACUCAGGCAUAAAGCUGAGGGACUCCAGGGUGUUCCCAGGCCUCAGCACUGAGAAGGAGAAGUGGCUCUCCUUCUUUCCCAAGACCAAGAAGCUGAGCAGUUCAAAGAAAGAGAAGGAUGGAGAGGACAGGAAGAGAAACCCCAUCCUGAAGUAUAUCGGCAAGCCCAGGAGCACCUCUCAGUCCACCUUCCAUGUCCCCUUGUCUCCCACUGAAGUGCGCCCGGGCAGUGUGAGGAACAUCAUCCAGCAGUUUGAGAACCACACAGAGAUCCCCGGGGAAGAGGGGGCUGAGGGAGACCCUCCGAGACUGUCCUCCAGCAGCCUGGGAGAGGACAGCAUGGACAGCCCCACGGUGUCGAUGCGUCUGGCUCGUAGUGAGUCUCUGAAGGCGCAGGGGGAGGGGCGUCGGCGGGGCGGGUCCUCGGGGGUGGAGACAGUCCCUCGGUCCCGUAGCGACGUGGACAUGGAGGACUGUGGAGAGGAGAGUGAAGGGCCGGGCCUGAGACCCUUAAACCACAGCACCUCCUCUGCCUCCAGUAGCUCAGCACGAUCCUGCGAGAACCCCACCCCUCCGUACACCCCUCGGUCUUCCAGAAGAAAGAGUGUGGAGUUCCCAGUGGCCUUGCUCCCUGACGCCCCAGCCCUAGAGGAGGACGUGGUGGACAGUCACAACUGGCAGGAGACGGUGGCCCCGCAGGUCCUGGCUACUCUCUGUCCCCGAGAGGUGGACAGACAGGCUGUCAUCUACGAGUUGCUGACGACGGAGGCGUCUCACCUGCGUACACUCAGGGUGUUGGAUCAGGUGUUCUUCCAGAAGAUGAGGUGUGUUCUGAGCUCUGAAGAGCUGGCCUGCAUCUUCCCCAACCUGCCUCAGGUCUACGAGCUCCACGCGAGUCUGUGCGAAGCCAUGAAGAAGAGACGAGAAUCUCCCAUCGUUCAGGGCAUCGGCGACAUCAUGCUGGCCAGGUUUGAGGGCGUGGCGGGGGAGGAGUUUCAGGAGCAGGCGUCCCACCUGUGCAGUCAGCAGUCUCAGGCCCUGGAGCUCAUCAAGAACAAGCAGCGCAAAGACCCCCGCUUCGCACACAUCAUCCAGGAGUGUGAGGCCAGUCCUCACUGUAGGAGGCUGCAGCUGAAGGACCUGCUGGUGUCUGAGACGCAGAGACUCACCAAGUACCCUCUGCUACUGGACAACAUCCUCAAACACACAGAGGCCGGUUCCACAGACCUCCCUCCUCUCCAACAGGCUCAAGCCUGUUGCCGGGGGAUAUUGCAGGCCGUCAACGAGGUUGUCAGGGAGACGGAACACCGGCAGCGGCUCAACCAAUACCAGCGCAGGUUGGACCCCACGCCACAGUUCAAGAGUCUGGACCUGACCAGUAAGAGAAUGAUCCAUGAGGGUCCUCUCACCUGGAAAGUCAGUAAAGACAAAACCUUGGAGAUCCAGGCUCUGCUGUUGUCAGACCUUCUGGUGUUGCUCCAGAGAGGUCCAGACGACCGGCUGCUGCUGCGCUGCCCGUCCCGCUUUCUGGGGGGGGGAGGUGGGGGUAGCGGGGAUACCAAGGCCUCCUUCAGCCCCGUGGUCCAGCUAGACUCACUGCUGGUGCGCUCUGUGGCCACAGAUAACAAGGCCCUGUACGUCAUUAGCACAACAGAGCAGCAGAUAUACGAGCUGGUAGCAGGGACGUCCUCAGAGAAAAACAUCUGGAAGGACCAACUUGAAAAGACCAUCUCAUUGGCUGCUGGCUCCUCACCUUCGACCAAUAACAGAUCCACACCUAUUUUCUCCCCGAGUCUUGGUAAUGCUUCCCCUGUCUCAACUGGCAGCCAUGUCUACCAAUCAGACGACUCGAUGACGGAGCAGGCAGUUUCAAUGGGGACAAACUCUCCUAACAAUGAGGACAAUGAGCUCACGCCCACCACACCAACAGCGCAAUCAGGGGCUUUCCUCCACAGUGAGGGACGGGACUACGUCAAGAAGCAGAUUGGAGUGGCUGAGGCAGCUCUUGAAGACGUGGAGAUACUAAAGCGGCUGAUUUUCCACAACUUUGAGGAAGUUGGGUGGAGUCACGACUCGGACGGAACGCCCACAAACGAGACAGCCAAUGAGAGGAGCCCGCUCAAUGACGGACAGAGACUGGCAUCCUCUGAGACUCUUUUCAGUGCCAGUCCCAGCCAAUUGGAGGCUGAGCAUUCCGAAGCCCCGCCCUCGGAGGUGGGGUCCCCCAGUGUACAUGUUGUGAGGAAAGCUGUGGUUGCGGGCUCUCCUUCUAUCCCUGAUGACAUCACUGGUGUCAACCUCCACUCCGACCAAUCACCUGAGCCGAGAGGCGGGGCCAGUGUACGGGGAAACGUGUUCUACCUGGUGAUGCCUACAGAGCAGGGAGACGGACUGCUGGAUGAGAGUCACACAGAUGAGGUCAUUGAUCCCCCCACCCUGACCUCCACCGAACUUCCUGAUCUGGACCAGGAAGUGAUGUCAUCAAACAUUAAGCAUCAUGAGGAAGAAGGGCAGGUCUCUUCCACCCUGUCUGCUGGCAACCAAUUGGAGCCAGGAAAUCUGAGGCGGGAGGGAGGGCUUGGCCAAUCACAAAAGGUCCUCCAGAGCUAUGUGAUCAAACACGUGGAUGAGAUUUUCCACACAAUCGAGGAGCUGAUGAGCAAGCUGCACCAGCUGAGGGACAUCGAGACAGCUCAUCACCAGCUGCUGAAAACACUAAGAGAGCCGCCUGUCAAUCAGGAGUCGGAUGAUCUCCCUCGCAACCAGGAAACCGUCGUCAGGACGCCGUCUCUGGACCGGGACCCAGGGGAUAGUGAGUUCAGCGGUCAAGGGUCAUUCCCACCAUGUGUUGAAAGAUAUGAGCCAGCUAAGCCUGAGAUCCUCUCCACUGGAUUCUAAAGAUGUUAUCUCAAUGAGGAAUUCUUAAGACUCAUUCACCCCUGCUCUGCCGUAGACACGCACAUACACACUGAUGGACUGGGACCCCAGCCUUUACCCCCUACCCCACGUCUCACACCCCUAACCCUCAGCCCAAUCCUAGCAUACACUGCUCGUAGGAGCAGGAUCCAGAAAGUACUGUGAUGUCUUUGGUGUUGCCCUGGGAGACCAGGAAGUGAUGCAGGACUGAUGGCCCCGGCCCCCUGACACCGAAGGAUUUGCCCCCAACACGGGUUCAGGGUGAACUCUGACCUCUGUGGAGCCAGAGGGAGUCCAGGGACGAGAGAAUGGACAGAUGAAGGACAAAAAAAGGAAGAGACUGAAAAGUAGAGAACAAGUGAUGGAAAUGUGUGAAGAAGCAAAUAGAU